AUGUACACGCAAGCUGCAAGCCUCACUCAUCACUGGCACACCUCAGCACCGGAGUGUCCUCCCUACUCUCCGCUACAACUGCCCCAGAUCCAGUGCAAAGGCCCAGGAAGAUCCAGGUCCGAAUAUGGUGCCACUGCAGUGCCUUACGGUAGUGCCAUGUACGUGCAAUGCCGAAUCAAUCUCGCCAAUACAUCAUCCGCAUGCAUCAUAGCCGCGUCUUGCUCAUUCAAGAAGCCGCAUCCCAACAUACUACCUCUCCACAUUUUAGGGUUGAUUUUUCAGGUCUCGGCUUGUUUGAUGGGGGCCUUUUUUCAUCUCGUUAGAUGA